AUGGCCCCCACACCCAAUAAGACUCUCGUCUUCAAGAAGAUCCCCGAGGGAUUCCCCGUGGUCGGGGAGCACAUCGCCGUCGAGGACCGCCCCAUCGACCUCGACUCCCCUCCCAAGAAUGGCCUGAUCCUCGAGGUCCAGCAGGCCUCGUUCGACCCGUACCUGCGCGGCAGGAUGCGCGGACCCGGCGGCAAGUCGUACAUCGGGCCCUUUGACAUCGACGCGCCCAUCCCCAACGGCACCAUCUCCAAGGUCCUCAAGAGCGACAACGCCGACUUCAAGGAGGGCGACCUCGUCUCGGCCGCCACCGCCAUCGCCGAGUACGCUGCCGUCUACGAUGUCAAGGCCCAGAACGUCCGCAAGAUCAGCAACCCCCACAACCUCGACGUCGGCUACUUCCUCGGCCCCCUGGGCAUGCCCGGCCUGACAGCCUGGUCCGGCCUGCACAAGAUCGGCAAGCCCAAGAAGGGCGAGACCAUCUUCAUCAGCUCCGCCGCCGGCGCCGUCGGCCAGAUCGUUGGCCAGAUCGCCAAGAAGGAGGGCCUUACCGUCAUCGGAUCUGCCGGCUCCGACGAGAAGGUUGACUUCGUCAAGCAGAUCGGCUUCGACGAGGCCUUCAACUACAAGACCGAGAAGCCCCUCGACGCCCUGCACAGGCUGGCCCCCCAAGGCGUCGACAUCUACUUUGAGAAUGUCGGCGGUGAGCACCUCGAGGCUGUGCUCGACGUCAUCAACCCCCAUGGUCGCAUCAUUGCCUGCGGAAUGAUCGAAAGCUACAACGCUCCCUUGGAGAAGCGCUACGGCGUCAGGAACCUCGUCAACGCUGUCAUGAGGCAGGUCACCAUUCAGGGCUUCAUCGUCGGUUCGCCCGGCUACGGCGAUGUCUACUUUAAGGAGCACCAGGAGAACCUCUCCAAGUGGAUCGCCGACGGCAGCGUCAAGGCUAAGUUGGACACGACCGAGGGUAUCGACAAUGCUGCCUCCGGCCUGGUCGGCAUUUUCAAGGGCGAGAACUUUGGCAAGGCCGUCCUGAGGAUCCGAUGA